AUGUCAUCUGACUUUGCCGAUUAUUCUGUUAAAAAUUAUUACUCCAUUCGAAAAAAUAAUCCAUUACUUCCUUCUUCAAUAAGAGCUUGCAUCAUAGGAAAAUCAGGAUGUGGUAAAACUAACUUGUUAAUGAAUUUACUUCUGGAUAAAUUUGAAGGAGAUGAUUAUUUAGACUAUGACAGCUUGUAUAUAUUUUCAACUACACUUUUUCAGCCCUGUUACCAAGCACUUAUAAAUGGUUUUGAAAAUGGAUUGAGUAAAAAAGAUAUUAGAGAAUGCUUUAAGAAUCAGAAUUUUAUGGUUGAGAAAAAAGAUAAACAAGAAAUAACUAUUCACACUUCAGAUAGUUUAGAUAAUAUUCCUGAUCCAAGUUCUAUUGAUCCUAAUAAAAAGACUCUAAUAAUAUUUGAUGACUUGAUGUUGGAGAAACAAAAUAAAAUAGAACAGUACUACACUAGAGGUAGACAUAAUAACAUUGAUUGUUUUUACAUUUCUCAAAACUAUAUUAAACUGCCUAAGAAUACUAUCAGAGAGAAUGCAAAUUUGUUUAUAGUGUUUCCUCAAGACAAGUUGAAUUUGGAUUACAUUUAUAGAGAUCAUUGUAGUGAAUUAGAUAAAGAAAGAUUUUUAGAGAUGACUUCUGAGAUUUGGAAAGAGAAAUAUUCUUUUUUGAUUAUUGAUAAGACUAGUGAAGCAGAUAGUGUAAAUUUAGAAAGAUGCUCAAUAAAAGGUAUAAAUCACCUCAAAAAAGAGACUAGUGAUGAAGACAGUGAAUAUAAAAGGGGGAUCUAUGAAGCCUAUGAGAGCUCCGAAAUUGUGUGUAAAGCAGAAUGGUGUAGAGAGAACAAUGUUCCAGUAAGAAGUUUAAAUCAUGCGAUUUCUAUAUUUGGACCUAUUUCUAAAGGUAAUGCUUUGCAUAAUGAUAAGUAUGAUUAUCUACUAGAAAAACCUAGAAAUGAAAGAGGACAAUAUACCCAUGAAAGUGAUAUAAAUUUUAAAGAAAAAAGUGAAAAGAAAAGAGAAGAAACCAAAUUAAAUAAUUUUAAAAUAGAACUUGGUAAGCCUGUACCACAAUAUGUUAGGGAUAAAAUAUGUGAAGGAUAUUAA